CGUAAAACUAAAGAGCAGCUGUGAAGCAGGAAACUGUUAACCUCCAGUCUGUGAUCUAUCUAUCUAAUCUAUCUAUCUGUGAACUCAGGGGACGCCUCUGAGACGAUUCAACCGCUGCGGGACUCAAACACACGAAGAAGAAAAGCUUCCGCUCAAAGCCGGAAGUGGCGCCAAAAUCCAAAAGUUGUUUUUUUCCGCUGGCGGACAGAAGGACUAAUGGACUAACUGACCGCCCUCGCUUGACUAGUUUAUUUAGUAUUUUAUUUCCUCUGAAGGACUAAGUAACUCCUCGUCAGGAACCGGUCCGGACCAGUUAGUCCAGUUUCAGCUCUAAAAUGGAUCCGACGUCGCGGUUCUUCUCCAGACUGAGGAAGCUGGCGGUGACUCUGGAGUCUGAGACCUCCAGACUCCAACAGGCGUUUGAAAGCCGUAAAGAGGAACCAGACAGCGAAACCACAGCGAAGGCGAUGGGAACGUACCACGAGCUGAACUUCAGCGUGGGGAGCCUGAAGGCUCAGAUCCAGGAGCAGCUGGUCCAGCAGAAAGCUCAUGAGAAUGAGGUGGACAGCUUCAUCCAGGCCUGUAGAACGAUGGAGCAGAAGGUCAGCAGAGACGUCCAGACCCUGAAGGCUCACUGGGAGGAAUACGGCUACCAGGCUCCAACCAAAGCUCAGGAGGCUGAGGAUGAAGGUCCUGAAGAAGGUGAGGCUGAGCCAGCAGAGAGGGAAGGAGGAGGCCAGGAGGAGGUUGGAGAGAACCUCAGCUCUUCUCCUCCAGCAGCACCGACCUUCAGCGACGUGAUGAGAACCCCUCAGCUGUCCGACUUCGGUCUGUCUGAGAUGCAGCUGAAGAGAACUCUGGCUGGAGCUGAGUGGUGCUCUGAGGUUCCUCCCAUGCCUGAGAUGAACCUCCCUCACCCAGCGCUGUCCACACCAGCUCCACCUCUGCUGCCUUUAACUCCAAAACGGGCUCUCCGGAUGGAAGACGAGGAGCUCCAGACGCCUCAGAUGCACGACUUCGGCAUCUCAGAGGACAACGACUUCACUACGAAGCUGCUCCAGAAGAACGCUGAGGAGCCCCACAGACCAGCGCAGGACCAGCCUGGACCACCAGAGGACUCAGUGUUGGACCGUUUCCAGACCAGAGCUGACAUCCUGGCGUCUCCAGAGCUGCCGGUUCUCUGCACUCCAGGACUGAAGAUCAGGAAGACCAACGGUCGGAGCUCCUCAUCUGAACCAGACUCUGGAGAACCAGAAUCCCCCCUGGACCCAACCUGCCCAGCACCCCCCAGGUCCCAGCCUUCCAAACCCCGUACAUGACCCGACUGGUGAGCACCAAGAAGGUAAGGAGAGCAGCCACAAGACCUCCAUGUGGAG